CAACUUAUUUUUUUAUUUUGAAACUCUCAACAAUAUAUUGUUUAAAAAUAAUAAUAUACAAAAAUAUAAUAGUUUAUAACUAACCUUUAGUUCAUAUACUAUUUAAAAAUAUGUUAUUAGAAAACUAUAGAAUUUUAAUUAUUCAUUCAAAAUAUUAAUGACAAAUCAAAUUUUAAUUAUAAAUUUAAUAUUUAUAUUAAUUAUAAACAUAUUCUGAGAGAUGUAUAAAAAUCUUACCGAAAUUAAAAUUAUUUAUAUAAAAUAAUGUAUUUAUUUAAUAACAAAACAAUUUCAAAAAUCAUAUAAUCUCCCACCUCAAAUAUAGUUGUGUAAUUUUCCAAACAAUUUUGACAAAAUAUAAAAUUUUAAAAAAUAAGUAUGCAAACUUAAAAUGAUAAUGUUUUAAAUUUUUCAAAAGGUAUAAUCAUAGAUAAUAAAGAAUAACUUCUUGAAAUGUAACACGGAAAAACAAACUAUGUUAUAAAAAUUAAAGUAAUCUAAUAUUUUGAAGUCUUAAUUUAAUAACAAAAAAAAAUUAAUAUCAUAACAUCCAAAAAAUAUUCUAUAUCAAUAAAAUUUACUAAAAUAAUAUGAUGGAUGCUACCAUGUAUACAAUUUACUACAAUAAUAGGUUUAUAUUCACAAUAUAUAACACUAAAAUUAAAAUUAUAUACUUAAAAUGUUUAUAAUAAAUCAAAAGUAUUAAGAUGAAAAAUAUCCGCACGAAUGUGCGGGUCAAAAUCUAUUUUACAUUAAAACGAAGCUAAUUAAAAAGAAGAAUCGUGGGGAGCAUUCGUUAAGCUUCUUACUAAGACUUCAUGCCCUCCAAAUCCUUGCAGUACUCUCCAAUGCCGGCAAGACUUAUUAAUUAAUAAAAUCCUGUUCUUUUAAUAAUAAACCGAACAUUAAAUUUUUUUGAUCUUCAACACGUAGAACUUCUAGUUCGUGAUCCUGUCUUAAGAUCCCGACAUUCACAGAAAAUCAUUGAACACGAGUAGCAUUGUCGUCGUUUUUAUAUACUUCUUACAAAAUUCUCCCCAACAUUGAUUCACCUCUACAUUUCCGAGUAAACCCUGGUUCUAGAGUUUCCUUGAAGCACAAGGAAAUAAAAAGUUUUGCGUAACUUGAGAGACGAUAGAGAUGAAAGAGAAGGAUCUUCUUUACCAUACAAUACUUGCUCGUAGCUUUAGCAAAAACGAGCAGAAAAGACUUGGCUAUGGAGCUUUCAUUGCAUCUCUUUUCUUCGUCUUCACUCUUUGCACCAUCUUUAAAUCGUAUCUCAACCCAUUACCAACCAUGGAUACGCAAUUAUCAGUGGACACUGGUCUAAGGAUGGUGAGAGUAACAGAAACGCAUAAAUCGCAAGCGUUUAACAGCAACUAUACAACAACAUCUGGAGCUUCUGAGUCUCUCAUUAGCCCGACGACUCAAAAUAACAUUACAUCAAAUGUUACAAAUACGCAGAGAUUAACCAGUUCUGAAGAUGACAAGCUAAGUGUUUGCAACGACACAAGCUUGCCCAAGAAUUAUCUUGAUUUGUUUAACUGUACUACACCCACUUCAAUCUCCAAUGAACAAUCUGCUUCAGACGGCAAUAAAAUGGAUGAAACGAUAAAGUGUAAGAAGCAAUCAAGAACAGAGAUAUGCGAGUUUAACGGCGACGUAAGGGUCCACGGUAAAUCCGCGACGAUUCUUUCCACAAUCACGUCUGCCUUUUCGGGGAAUUCCACGUGGCAAAUGAGACCUUACGCGCGAAAAGGUGACCUUGUGGCCAUGAAUCGCGUUAGAGAGUGGACAGUGAAGUUAAUACAAAACGCUGACCAUUUAGAGAACGCUAAUUUCUCAUCGCGAUGCGUUAGGAAUCACAGCGUUCCCGCGAUGAUUUUCUCUCUGGGAGGCUACACGAUGAACAACUUCCACGAUUUCACCGACGUCGUGGUCCCUCUUUUCACGACGGCGCGUAGGUUCAACGGAGAAGUUCAGUUCCUCGUGACGAACAAGAAUCAACCGUGGAUCAACAAAUUCAAGGAGAUUUUGAGGAGACUCUCCAAUUACGAACUGAUUUACAUCGACGGAGAAGAUGAAACGCACUGUUUCACCACCGUCGUCGUCGGCCUCAAUCGCCAUCCAGAGUACUUCAAAGAGCUGACGAUCGAUCCUUCGUAUUCCGAGUACUCCAUGUCCGAUUUCCGGAGGUUCCUAAGAGACACAUACUCGCUGAGAAACGCCGCCGUGAGUACCGGAGAGAGUCUGCGGCGGAAGCCACGGAUGCUGAUUAUAUCGAGAGCUAGAUCGCGAGCGUUCACGAACACCGACGAGAUCGCGAACGCGGCGGGAGAAACCGGAUUCGAGGUCGUGGUGGCGGAAGCGAACACAGGCCUCGCGAGUUUCGCGGAGACGGUGAACUCGUGCGACGUGAUGCUCGGCGUUCACGGCGCGGGGCUAACGAACAUGGUGUUCCUGCCGGAGAACGCGGUGGUGAUUCAGAUUCUUCCGAUCGGUGGAUUCGAGUGGCUGGCGGAUACGGAUUUCGGGAGGCCGGCGAAGGGGAUGAAUCUGAGGUAUUUGGAGUACAAGAUCGAGGCGGAGGAGAGCUCGCUUGUGCGGCAGUACGGACGUGGUCACGAGAUCGUUAGAGAUCCAUCGGCGGUUGCGAAACGUGGGUGGACGGCGUUCAAGUCAGCCUAUUUGGUAGGGCAGAACGUGACCGUUGACAUAAUCCGGUUCAAGCCGGUUCUUGCCAAAGCUUUUGAGUUAUUGCAGAGACGACAGUCGGUGUAAAAUAAAUAUUUACAAUACUAAAAUGGUUUAAUCAUCAAACCCUUAGCAUGUCCAUGUCAUCUUAAAAUAACCAAUCAUAUGCUUUUUGUUUUGCCACUUCGUAUCCCAUUUCCCGAUUUUGAAAUUUGAAUUAAUUGGCUUUAUAACCGGGAAAUGCAGGACCGUCCUAAUUCAAGUAUUUGAUGGAUCUUAAACCGGUUCGGUUUUGGUGUUUGAUCGUACCGUAAAUGUAUCCGUUAGAAAAUUAUUGCCAACAAAGACGCAACGAUACAUAAUAAAAGCAGAGGAGAUCUCUCUCUCUCUCACUCAAUUUAUCGAGGAAGUCUCUCUUUGUACAUGUGGGGAACUGGUGAGAUUCUUAAAUCAAUAAGUUUCUUUUUCGAUUUAUGUAAUUUGUAGAUCCUGAAUUUGCUUUUGUUCCUUUGUUAUCUUGUUUGGAGUUCGCGAGAAACUGAUACGAUCCGUAAUCCUCUUUGCGAUUUUAAUUUAGCGUUUCAAAUUUCUUAAAUUGUUUGUUAUUUAUGUGUUGCAGUAGUGAUGUUGAAUCUACAAGGGAAACGCUUGAGUCACUUGUGAAACCCUCGUUGAGGUACUUCUCUGUCUUACGCUAGAGUUUUUUGAUCUAUUGUAAAGCGUAAUUGUGCUUUAAUUUGGUGUUUUAGUUAUGCAUAUUAUCUUCUAUAUCGGGACUUAAAGAUCGAUUAUAUAAAGUGAAUAGUGGUAGAUCGAUCUAUUUGAUUUCUUUCUGGUGCUAGCACUAGCACCAUUAUUGAUUCCUUAAUAUCUUAUUUAUGAGAGUAAAGGAUUACAGAUUGAACUAUUGUGUUCAUGACGAAUAGACAUCGUGAAUUAAUAUUGAGACAAAGAUUUUUUUUGAGUUUCAAGUUUUAUUCUUUCACCUGUUUUCAUCAUACAAGUAAUAUUUCCUCUCUGUUUUUUUUUUGUUUACAGUAUGUUUGUGUGGAGAAACCCUCGCUGACAGAUUCCAUUACAUAGAGUCACUGAAACAAUUGAAGAUAAGAUCGGAUCUUGGAAGCAAACACUUAAAGAAGUAGCAGCAGUAAAACAGAUAAGCUCUUUUACUUUCUCUUCUACUGCCGAUUCUUGCUUACUUUUGUUUUGGUUUCAUCAAACCCCAAAAAGAUCAUAAGGCAGACACUAGACACUAAUCUAAUAGUGUUUUGUCAGAUUCUUAUUUGGGGACAUUGUCCCGUUGCGUGACCCUGAGAAAAGUUUGAAAUCAUGGCUCCAACAACUCUAUUGGUUGGUUGGUGGUAGUGCAUGUCUAAGUAAAUGAUGGAAAAAGUAUGACAGAAUUUUGUCACCCACGGCUUACAAAACACAACCAACAGCUUAAGAAAAGUAUUUAGACAGAGCUUUCAAUAAAGUUUUUAGACAAAGGUUGGCUGGAUCAAACGACCCGUGGCUUGCAAAAAAAAUGUCUUUAGGCAGACAGACUAUGAAUGAAUCUUUGGUUGGAUCAAAUGUCCCGUGGCUUGCAAAAAGGUCUUUAGACACAAAAAGACUAUGAAUGUUGGGAUGGAUAAAACGACCAACAGUACAACAUAAAGUCUUUAGACAUAGACUAUGAGUUACCCACGGCUUAUAAAGUCUUUAAACAAAGUCCAUGAGUUGAUGAAGAGGCUUUAGAAAAUAUUGCUACCCACAGCUUAUGAAAAGUUUUUUAGACAAAGACUUUGAGAUUCUUGCUACACACAACUUAUGUAAAGUCUUUAGACAAAGACUGAAUCUGGCCAACAGUACAACAUAAAGUCUUUAGAGAUAGACUAUGAGUUAUCCACGGCUUAUAAAGUCUUUAAACAAAGUCCAUGAGUUGAUGAAGAGGCUUUAGAAAAUAUUGGCUACCCACGGCUUAUGAAAAGUUUUUAGACAAAGACUUUGAGAUUCUUGCUACACACAGCUUAUGUAAAGUCUUUAGACAAAGACUGAAUCUGGCCAACAACAACUCUAUGAGAAGAGUUUUUAUGAAAGUAAAAAUUACAACUACCACGUCUUUAUGGAAGUCUUUAAGCCAAACAGAAUCAUUGCUUGACGACUACCCACAGCUUAAAGAAUGUCUUCAGACAAAGACUAGGGGUUAGUUUUCAACUUUGUGGAUGGAGUGGAAAAAACGUCUUAACGACGUCUAAAUGCAAAGAAACGGGUUCCCUGCUUUACCAAUACCCUUGGCUUAGAAAAACAACAAACGGCUUAAGAAAAGUUUUUAGACAAAUUGUGAUUGAACCCUCAGCUUGCUAAAUCGUAUAGACAAAUCUUAUGAAUUAGUUUCUGCAGUUGUUGGAUGAAAGAACGACCAACAGCUCUGGAAACGUCUUCUUAAGUGGCUUAUAAAAGGUCUUAAAGAUGAAGACUAUCAUGAGUUGGAUGUGAAAAAGACAUCACCAUAAGCUGAUAUGAAUCGAAAACAGUCCACAAGUCUUAAGACAAAGAGAGUAUGAAAACAAACCGCUAGACAGACAAGGAUCAAAGGCUGAAAAAA